CGCAGAGGCAUUCAAGCAGGUCGGCGCCAAAGAGUUCUUCCCACCCGGAGCCAUCGUUGCAAAGGUCUCCGAAAUUUCCGCCGCCGUCGCCGCACUUCGGCGGGCAGGUGCCGUCGAUGGCGUCGUCAAAAUAAGCGCACCCGGAGCACAUGAAGCAGUUCAUUGCGGUAUCGCAGUAGUUGUCGUCGCUGCAAUCCGAGUGCGAUGAGCAAGCUCCAGCCCUGGGCGACACACUUGUCUCGGCCGACGCAUGUUUCAUCGCCACGAGGGCCCUCGCCAACUGCUGUGGGACGAGGGCGUCAGCCGACUCGGCGAGGCCAAGCACGACGAGAGCCGUGGCAAAGAUCAUCUUUCCCUCCUGCAGGAACACAGAGGCGUGUGGCGACGGCGACAGCGGCGGCAGCCGGCAAGCGGGCAGUGUAAGGGCGGAGAUGCAAGACGAUCGUGUGGGGCGGAGUUGGUGUGGAGUGGUGCUGGUGAGCGGGCGGGCGGGUGGAUUUGACGAGGGCGGAGCCUUCUAGGCGAUGGUGGAUGGA